CGCGGCAUCCCGCACGUGGGAGGCCGGGCCAGAACCUCCUGGGCGAUGCCGCUCGCGCCUCGGUGUCCCGCGGUGCGCGCCCUGCUGCGCAGCCACUACCGCGAGGUGCUGCCACUGGCGACCUUCGCGCGCCGCCUGGGGCCCGAGGGCUGGCGGCUCGUGCGACCUGGGGACCCGGCGGCCUUCUGCGCGCUCGUGGCUCAGUGCUUGGUGUGUUUGCCCUGGGACGCGCAGCCGCCUCCCGCCGCCGCCUCCUUCCGCCAGGUGUCUUGCCUGAAGGAGCUCGUGGCCAGGGUCGUACAGAGGCUCUGCGAGCGCGGCCUGAAGAACGUGCUGGCCUUUGGCUUCGCGCUGCUGGACGGGGCCCGUGGCGGGCCACCUAUCGCCUUCACGACCAGCGUUCGAAGCUAUUUGCCUAAUACCGUGACAGAGACUCUGCGUGGCAGCGGCGCGUGGGGGAUGCUGCUACAUCGCCUGGGCGACGACGUGCUGGUCCAUCUGCUGGCCCGCUGCGCACUCUACCUGCUGGUGGCUCCCAGCUGUGCCUACCAGGUGUGCGGGCCGCCUCUCUAUGAACUCGGCUCCCCAGCUGAGGCCCAGCCCCCUGUGCCCCUGCGCCACUGGCCCACAGGACGCGCAGGCAGGAGCCAGACAGGCAGCAGAUCCACACUCCGGGUCUGGAACAGUGGCAACGGGGAGGCCUGGGGAUCCCUGCGCUGGUCAGCCCCCGGUACAAAGAGGCCUCUAGACAAUGCAGGCAUAAGUCUGCCUUUGGCCAAGAAGCCCAGGUGCAACCUGGGCCUGGAGCAUGCCCCUGGGCCAACUCCUGGCCAAUCCCGUGGGGUGACACCCACCCGAUCAACAGUGGAAGCCGCAUCUCUGAAGGCUGAGCGUUCCUCCCCGCUAGGUUGUAAGCGGGACACCAGUCUCCUGUCCACACUGUGGCCACCACCACACCCCCAACCAUAUGUGGAGAUCAGACGCUUCCUCUACUCCUGCUCGGGUGGCAGGGAGCAGCUACGCCCCUCCUUCCCACUCGUCUCCCUGCGGCCCAGCCUCAGUGGCGCUCAGAGCCUCAUGGAGACCAUCUUUCUAGACUCAGUGUCCCCGCAGCUGGGUGUGCCUGGCAGGACGCCCCGCCGCCUGUCCCCGCGCUACUGGCGGAUGCGGCCUCUGUUCCGGGAACUACUUGCCAAUCACACCCGGUGCCCUUACCUUGUACUUCUCAGGAUGCACUGUCCCCUUGGGGCUGCUGAGGCUCCUGAGGGGUGUGCAGACCCGGGGCCCCUGCUGGCGCUGCUUGGCCAGCACAGCAGCCCCUGGCAGGUGUGCGCCUUCCUGCGAGCCUGUCUCUGCAGGCUGGUCCCCACCAGUCUCUGGGGCUCCAGGCAUAAUCAGCGCCGCUUCCUGAGGAACGUGAAGAAGUUUGUCUCUCUGGGAAAGCACGCCAAGCUCUCGCUGCGGGAGCUGACCUGGAAGAUGAAGGUGCAGGACUGUGCGUGGCUGCGCAGGAGCCCAGGAGCCCGAAGUGUCCCUGCGGCGGAGCACCGUCUGAGGGCAGGGAUCCUGGCCAAGUUCCUGUUCUGGCUGGUGGAUGCCUACGUGGUGGAGCUGCUCAGGUCGUUCUUCUACGUCACAGAGACCACCUUCCAGAAGAACAGGCUCUUCUUCUACCGCCAGAGCGCCUGGCACAAGCUGCGGAGCCUGGGCGUCAGGCAACACCUGGAGCGCGCACGGCUGCGGGAGCUGUCAGAAGCUGAGGUCAGGCAGCACCAGGGUGCCCGGCUGGCCCUGCCCACAUCCAGGCUCCGCUUCCUCCCCAAGCCCAGCGGGCUGCGGCCCAUCGUGAGUGUGGAUGGCGUCGUGGGUGCCAGAGCGCUCCGCAGGGAGAAGAAGGCCCAGCAUUUCACCUUGCACAUGAAGACCCUGUUCAGUGUGCUUAAUUAUGAGUGCGCACAACGUCCUGGCCUCCUGGGGGCCUCCGUGCUGGGCAUGGAUGACAUCUACAGGGUCUGGCGGGCCUUCGUGCUGCGCGUGCGGGCUCAGCGUCCGGCGCCCAGGCUGUACUUCGUCAAGGCAGACGUGACCGGGGCCUACGACACCAUCCCCCAGGACCGGCUCGUCGAGGUGAUAGCCCGCAUCAUAAGGCCUCCGGAGAACACGUACUGCGUCCGUCGGUACGCCGUGGUCCAGAGAGCCACCCACGGGCGUGUGCGGAAGUCUUUCAAGAGACACGUGUCCACCCUCUCGGACCUGCAACCCUACAUGCGCCAGUUUGUGGAGCACCUGCAGGACAGGAGCGCGCUGCGGAACGCUGUCGUCAUCGAGCAGAGCUGCUCUCUGAAUGAGACCAGCGCCGACCUGUUUGACUUCUUCCUGCGGUUUGUGCGCAGCAGCGUGGUGAGGAUCAGGGGCAGGUGCUAUGUCCAGGGCCAGGGGAUCCCCCAGGGCUCCAUGCUGUCCACGCUACUCUGCAGCCUGUGCUACGGGGACAUGGAGAACAAGCUGUUUGCUGAGGUGCAGCAGGACGGGGUGCUCCUGCGACUGGUGGAUGACUUCCUGCUGGUCACUCCUCACCUGGCCCAGGCGAGGGCCUUCCUCAGGGCCCUGGUCCAGGGCAUCCCCGAGUAUGGCUGUGAGAUAAACCUGCAGAAGACGGUGGUGAACUUCCCCACGGAGAGCGACGCCCUGGGUGGUACGGCCCCGCUCCAGCUGCCUGCCCACUGCCUGUUCCCCUGGUGUGGCCUGCUGCUGGACACCCAGACCCUAGAGGUGCUCUGUGACUAUUCCAGCUAUGCUCAGACCUCGGUCAGAGCCAGUCUCACCUUCCAUCGCGGCUUCAGGGUGGGGAGGAACCUGCGUCGCAAGCUCCUGGCUGUUCUGCGACUGAAGUGCCAUGGCCUCUUUUUGGACCUGCAGGUGAACAGCCUCCAGACAGUUUGCAGAAACGUUUACAAGAUCUUCCUGCUGCAGGCCUACAGGUUCCACGCCUGUGUGCUCCAGCUGCCGUUCAGCCAGCAGGUGCGGAAGAACCCCCUGUUCUUCCUGCGCCUCAUCUCUGACAUGGCUUCCUGCUGCUACUCCAUCCUGAGGGCCAGGAACCCAGGGGCGUCACUGGGGGCCAGGGGUGCUGCUGGCCUGUUUCCCUCUGAAGCUGCACAGUGGCUCUGCCACCAAGCCUUCCUGCUCAAGCUGGCUUGUCACCGUGCCACCUACAGGUGUCUCCUGGGGCUGCUCAGAACAGCCCAAACACGGCUCCGUCAGAAGCUCCCCGAGGCAACCUUAGCCACCCUUGAGGCUGCAGCUGACCCAGCCCUGACCACAGAGUUCAAGGCCAUCCUUGACUGACCCUGCCCGCUCGCUGCCUGGGCAGCUCGGGCAUGGCAGCCUCACCUUGGAGCUGCAUCGCUGGAGGGCCCAGAUCACCCAAAGCCUGGUUCUGCUGGGAGCCCACGUCUGUGCGGUGGUGGGCUCAUCCAGUGGCCUGCUUCCUGUGGGCAGUCAACCCCUCCGUGCUGUCCUCUAGGAAGCAGAGCUCACACGCUAAGACCCUUUGGUGACUGGAGGCUCCUUUGACCUCUGACGGCCCAGAGGAGGCAGGUGGGGGCCCAGCGUGGGCAGAACCGCCCUGGCCUGCUGUGCUGGGAGCCCUGUCGCCCGUGCCCCUCAGAAGGGGUCUCUCUCGGGGCCCUCGCUGCCUGGUUUGGAACAGCGGGGAGGCCCCCGGUGCCCUCGUGGGUGUGGGCUCCUUCCUCCUGUGGGCCACGCCCACCCUGGACCACCUCCGUCACUCUGGCCACAACCGAGGUCCACUCACUCCCCAUGAGCGUCCCCAAGAGCCGAGGCCCAGGAGUGCCUCACCACACGUUGCCCACGCCAUUCUGUCCCCUGCACAACCUGCACGCCCGUCGUGGAGUGGACUCGGACCAGGGUGCCCUGCCCUGCCAGGACCGCCUGGCUGGGGUCCCACAAGCAUGCCCACGCUUUCUACAGCAAGAACAGCCUCUGGAUCUUUCCAUUUAAAAACAGACCUCAUGUUUGUAUCAAGAUGUGCACUGCAUAAGCGCCACUGCAUAUUACGGUGUGCACAGAUGGGGAUCCUGUGGUUCAGGGUGUGCCUCCCUGCUGCAGGCUCCUCCAGGCCUACAUGCAGCUCCUGGGGCAGGUACCAGCCCUUCCAAACAGCCGGAGGGUCAGGGAACAAGGAGCAGCCCCCACUGUGGGAGCCAAGCUGGGGGCAGAGCGGGUGGGGUCCUGGGAGUGGAGACAGGCCCGGCACGUGAUGGGUCUGCCGCUGGGUCUUGGGCAUACCCAGGCCUCUUCUGGCGUUUCA